GUGUCUCUGUUUAGAGCGCGUCGGGAAACAGGGAUACGCGGGCGCAGUAGGCACUUCACAAAGGGGGGGGUGUCAGAAGAGCCGUAAGCUUCGGUUCUGAUUUGUUUACAUGCCGCGGUGGAAGGAGUGACACUCGGUCAAUGUUGGAGACGGUUUUGUCGGUGUCUUGAAGAACAAACAGGAUAAUAACCGAGUUUGGGAUAAAAAGCCACAGGACGAGCAGGACACUCCUGCAGAUGGCAUAACGGUUUCAGAACACAUCUUGGCUGUUUCAAAACUGCUUCCUGGCUUUUGGGUAUAAAGUGUUACUCUAGCGUUCCUGUGUGAUAUUCCACAGGUGGAAAACAUGCCGGCAUUGUCGACAGGGUCUGGAAAUGACACAGGCCUGUAUGAGCUCCUGGCUUCUUUGCCUGCUCAGCUUCAGCCUCAUGUGGAUAGACAGGAAGAUCUGGCCUUCCUGCGGGAAAUGUUUGGUGAAAAAAGCCUCCAUUCGCUAGUAAAGAUACAUGAGAAGCUCCAGCAGUAUGAGAUGCAAAAUCCGUCUCCCGUCAUCCACACUGCCACUACCUUAGCUGAUGAUCUAGCUGAAGAGCUCCAGAGCAAACCGGCAAACACUGAGAUCAGAGAACUAUUGAAACUGCUGUCCAAGGCUCAUGUUAAGAGCUUACUUUCUGUCCAUGACACAGUAGCCCAGAAGAGUUACAAUCCUGAACUGCCUCCGCUGCCAGAUGACAUUGAUGAUGAUGAAGAUUCAGUGAAGAUCAUCCGAUUAGUCAAGAACAAAGAACCACUAGGAGCAACGAUAAAGAGAGAUGAGCAGACUGGAGCCAUUGUUGUUGCUAGAAUAAUGAGGGGAGGAGCUGCUGAUAGAAGUGGUCUUAUCCAUGUUGGUGAUGAAUUGAGAGAAGUUAAUGGGGUUUCUGUUGAAGAUAAGAAGCCUGAGGAAAUAAUUCAUAUUUUGGCGCAGUCACAAGGAGCAAUAACGUUUAAAAUAAUACCAAGCCUUAAAGAGGAAACGCCAUCGAAGGAGCCUAAAUUUUUUGUCAAAGCUCUCUUUGACUAUGAUCCUAAUGAGGACAAAGCAAUUCCUUGUAAAGAAGCAGGGCUUAUUUUCAAAAAGGGAGAUAUCCUUCAGAUCAUGAGCCAAGAUGAUGCAACCUGGUGGCAGGCCAAACGUGAAGGUGAUGCCAACCCGCGCGCAGGACUAAUACCAUCCAAGCAGUUCCAAGAAAGGAGAUUUUCACAAAGAAGGCCUCUACCUCAUGUACAGCCAAUGAGAAACUCGACCAGGCGAUCAUAUGCUGAAUAUGGUACCAGCAUAAGUGGAGUCUACAUAGCUGGUUUGCGAAGAAGCUUCCGAUUAAGCAGAAAGGAUAGAAAAACCAACAAAUCUAUGUAUGAAUGUAAGAAGAGUGACCAGUACGACAUGGCUGAUAUCCCCACCUAUGAGGAGGUCGGUGUGUAUAGAAGGCAACCCCUUGACAAGUACAGACUAGUAGUUUUAACUGGACCUGUUGGAGUGGGAUUAAAUGAACUUAAAAGGAAACUUCUUAUUUCUGACCCACAGCACUAUGGCGUCACAGUACCACACACAACUAGAGCAAAAAAGAGCCAUGAGAGUGAUGGUGUGGAAUACCACUUUAUUUCAAAGCAUCUUUUUGAAACGGACAUCCAAAAUAGCAAGUUUAUUGAACACGGAGAAUACAAAGGGAAUUAUUAUGGAACAAGCCUGGAUGCAAUUCGUUCUGUUCUGUCAAAGAAUAAAGUUUGCUUGUUAGACGUGCAGCCUCACACAAUCAAGCACCUAAAAACUUCAGAAUUUAAACCCUUUGUGAUCUUUGUGAAGCCACCAUCGCUUGAGCGGUUGCGGGAAACGAGAAAAAAUGCCAAGGUCAUCUCCGGCAAAGAUGAGAAGGGAACUGUGAAGCCUUUUACGGAUGAGGAUUACCAGGAAAUGAUUCUUUCAGGACAGAUAAUGGAGUUUCAGUAUGGUCACUUUUUUGACAAAACCAUUGUGAAUGACGACCUAACAACGGCUUUUAGUGAGUUGAAGACUGUUUUGAAAAAACUGGAGUCAGACUCUCAAUGGGUUCCUGUGAGCUGGACUCACACUUAAUAAAAGAGACACUCAGAAGAUGGUAACUUCAUGCAGACAUCGGCUUUUUUUGUUUCUUUUCUUUUUCCUUCGUACUUUGCUGCAGGUAGGGUUGAGCGGGCAGGAGAAAAGCCCUGGAGUGGCUCUGAGAUGCCAGCAUUGUGGUUUUAUUUGCUCUGAAAUCAAUGAAUGGCUCUGAAAAUGUCUUCUUUUUUGGUAGCGUAAAGUGGCAGACAGAGGGGCCACUUGUAGGUCAGGUCACAACCCAUCAAUCAGUGUGCCAGAAUGGAGAUGUUUCUUUUGUCUACUUUAACAUUAGUUUUAGACACCAAAGGAAUUUUAUUAUUAUUUUUUUUUCUUAAUUGUACAAUUUAUGUAUAUUGAAGUGAUUGGACAGAAAAAUCAUAGAAAUGUCUAUGUUGCCUUUGCAGUCUUAAAGUUUAGCAAAACCAAUAUUUCAGACUGUGAAAUAAUUUUGGACUGAUGCAUAAUAUAAGUGAAAUAGUAACAUUAUUUAAAAAAUAAUAUAUUGUUUUUUUAUCAGUUUAUUACUAUUUUAAUUUUCUUUCAUUUUUAAGUAGACAGUUUUUGACAUAUCAUGAAAAAAUGUACACAUAUCAUGAAUAAAACAUACACAUGUCUUUCCAACCUCAGUCAAUAUGCAUAUAUGUAUAUAAACCAGCAAAAAAUGUUUUUGUUUUAUGCCACUUUUUAAAUGGAUACUCAGAGGUUGUAAAUUGCAUUAUUUAUAUAAAUAAGGAACAUUUUCUAACCGAAGGGCAUACAGACCACUUUUUUUUUUCUUUUCUUUAAAUUAUGUUGGUUUCCAUUUAUCUUGGAGGUAAACAGUUUGUCUGGUUAACACUUACCUGGUUAUUUCAUGGUUACAAACUUGUUUUUGAGUAAAAUUUUAUGUAUCAUUUAUUCCUUUUAUGAUUUGCCUUGUAUUUCAGCUGUGGAUUUCAAAAUCUAGACACACAAUGUAGGGAGGUUUUUAAAAUCUUUUUAUGACCGUAUGCAUUUGGGGCUUUGAAACUCCUCUGUGUGUGAUUCUUUUAUUUUUUUUUUUAUUUAACAAAUGUGUGAAUUUCAUGGUACUAUGCACCUCGACUUACUACAGUCACUCGUCACAUUCCGUGUAUAUACUGUAGUUACCUCACAAAAUCCAGCGGAAGCCACCAGCACUUCACUGCACCCGUGUGUUUUAACGGCUGACAAUAGCUUGACGUUUGGUUUAAAGCUUGUGCUGUGUCAGAGGUCUUUCUUCUUUAGUUGUUUUAAAAUAAUUUUGAAGCAAAUGUUUCAGAACAAUAAAAUGUUACAUUUGUCAGAAAGUUUGGUUACCCCUACUCUACCCUGUUACAAAUGACUUCUAGUAGAUGAAAUUGUCUGCCUUAGUCAUCUCGUAUAAAACAUUUUCAUUUGUUUAAUAAAGUCGUACUGUUUUUUUGUUUUGUUUUUUUUGUUAGGUGGUAUUGCUUUAACAGUAAAAUUUCCAUGUUUUAUACUUUUAAAAACCAUUUUAAUGUAUUUACAAAGACUUAACCAUUUGUAGGAAAUACAGACUUAUUUUUUCACACCGUACAUUAAAUUACUGUGCAACUAAUUUGUAAAU